AUGCCAUCAGUUCUUCUUACCGGCGCCAAUGGCUUUGUAGCCGCUCAUAUUAUCAAGGCUCUCAUUAAGGCCAAUUAUCACAUCACAGGAACUGUGCGGCACGGUUCUGCUGGCGAAGACAUCUUUCAUCUUCACCCAGAGUGGAAAGAACAUCUCGACACUGUGGUUGUUGAGGACAUCACGAAUGAAGCUAGUUGGGACUCGAUCUUCAAGCAAACAGCUUUUGACCAUGUCGUUCAUGUGGCCGCGCCUCUUCUUGAUAACCCCAACAAUACUGAUUAUGACCGAGACUUCUUCAAGCCAAGUGUCGAAGGAAACCUAGCUCUUCUCCGCUCUGUGGAAAAGAAUGCACCGUCCGUCAAGUCUAUUGUCGUUACCGGCUCCAUUAAUGCUUGUACCACAGGCGCACCUGAAGAGUUGUCUGCCGGUCCUCUCACCAAUUCAACCUGGCUUGCCAUCACUCCAGAGGUGGCGCGUGAAAAGAACAACGCCUACAUUUCUUACUGCUCCGGCAAGAAGGAAGCCGAGUUGGCAAUCUGGGACUUUAUGAAAAAGCACUCACCCAAAUUCACCGUCACUGUCUUCCUUCCAGCACUCAUCUUUGGUCCGCCAAUCGAGCCGUUGAAAGGCGGCGCCAAGGGUUUGCACUUCAGCAGUGGCCUGAUAUACAACCUCUUCAAUGGAACAAAUGCAACCGUGCCCCCGACAACUUUUCCGAGCUAUAUUGACGCUCGGGAUCUCGCGGAUGCGCACGUCAAGGCGCUCACCGAGCCAAAGGUCGCUAACAAGAGGUUGACAAUUGGUGGCCAAGGAGUCACUUUUACUGAGAUUGCCCAUGCCCUUGCAAAGAUUCCGGAGCUUCGUGACCGUUUGCCUUCUGAAAGCGAAGAGAACCUCAAGGUUACGCCUGCCAGGAUUGAUGCAGAGGAGGGUAAUACGGCGCUGAAUAUGACUUUCAGAAGCUUUGAUGAGACGAUGAUUGACACAGCCAAGAAGAUCCUGGAGCUUGAGCAGACAGCCUAA